AUGGAGCCUCAGGGCAUCUCCAACGCUAUGACCCAAACGGACGGUAUAUUUUAUCCGUUUGGGUCGUCCCACGGAUACACGGAUGUCGCGCGGACGCGCACACACGUCCGUCCUCGUUUUUAUUCUCCAACCCCACACACGACCCAAACCGGACCACUCCAACGAACCAAAGCUGACAAGCUUCUCGCUGAGAUCCUCGCGGCCGCACAAAGAGAGCUCGCAGGCGACCAAGCGGCGGCGCCACUCCGCCUGCGCCCGCCGCACCCAUGGAUUCCUCGUCGCCGCCGCUUGGAGCCGUGCACCGCCCUCCUCCGCCGGUCGGAGCAGAAGAAGGUCUGGGAGAGCACGACGAGCAUGGCCACAGAGGCGUGCUCGCGGCCAACACGCUCGCUCGCGCCCAUCCCCGUUCGCCCGGCCCCGUUCCACGCCGCCGCGGCGCUGUCGCGUUCGCCGCCGCGGGCGCGGCCCUGUUCGCCGUCGUCUUGCGCCGCCCCGUUCGUCGCCGCCGCGGGCGCGCGUCUCGUGCGCCGCCGCGGGUGCGGCCACGUUCGCCGCCCGUGGCGCCGCCCGCUCGCUCGCCGCCGCGGCACGGCCCCCGUCGCCGCGGGCGCCGCCGCGGGUGCGGCCCCGUUCGCCGCGGGUGCGGCCCCGUUCGCCGCGGGCGCCGCCCGUUCGGCGCCGCGGGCUCGAGAAGAGGGCGAGGGCGUGAGCGGCGAGCCCUCCGCCGGCCGGCCGGCGACCCCGACGCGCGCGUCCCCUACUUCUUUGACCUGGCCGCUGGCUCCGGCACCGCCGGCGUGCUCGCGGCCAUGUUGUGCCGACGGCGCCCAAGGUACACGGCCGAGGAGGCGCUCACCUUCGUGGUCGGGCGCGUCGGGAAGGAUUGGGGCGGCCGGCGCCGCGGCUGUCGCUCAGCAGGGUCGUCGCUUGGCGAGGGCACCGUGGCCCCCGUGCUCGUGCCCUGCUACGACCUCGCCACGGGCGUGCCGUUCGUGCUACGCGCGCGCCGACGCCGUCGGCGACAAGUUCAGCUUCCGGCUCGGCGACGUCUGCGGGGCUGAGCUCCUAGAACUUGAGUGCGGCGCGGCUCGUGGAACUUGA